AUGGAUUCCGGCAAUAGUGGGAGUAUGCAGUCCUCUAGUGGCGGCGAUGAGGAGUACGAGUCACGCGCCGACUCCAUCCCGCCUGCGUUUUUCUCCAACCCACCAACCCACGCGGCUUCUUUCCCUGCAAACUUCCAUCCUCCUCCGCCUCCUCAAUCCUCCUCCACCACGUCCUCCUCCUCUGCCGCCAUGUUUGAUCAUUUGUCCACUUUAUUUGAUCCAAGAUCUUCCCUUUCUAACCAAAACCCACUUCUCAAUCUCGAUAUGCUUUGGUCCCGGACUAUGAGAUCUGAUCAGAUUUCGCCGGAUCUCCCUGGCCCACCUCCUGAUUCCUCUGCCACCGCCGCCGCCGAUCACAAUUUAUCCUCUAUCUCUAAUUUCUCCGGUGUUCAGACUUUUUCUCAACCAUCUGACGCUACUAAUUCCUUCCAACCCACCCACCAGUCUGAAUUGCAGAAUAUUCCCAACAAUUGUGGCGGUGGCGCCAACGUGGCUCGGAGCUCGAAGAAAAGGCCGAGGGCCUCUCGACGAGCUCCCACGACGGUGUUAACAACAGAUACUACCAAUUUCCGCGCCAUGGUCCAGGAAUUCACUGGGAUACCGGCACCGCCAUUCACAGCCGCUUCCUCCUCCCCUUUUACAAGAAACGCUGCCAGGUUCGAUCUUUUUGGCGGCGGGGGAGGCGCCGCCAGAUCAGCCGCACAUUUGGACGCUGUACCAUCCACGCAGACUUACCUUUUGCGGCCACUUCCACAAAAACCGCCGUUUCUGUCUCCGUCACAGUCCACCUUCCUCGCCGGUACCAAUUUGCAAAACCCAAUUUUUGACAUCCACAACAUGUUUCAAUCCAACCCCAAAUUCAUCCCUUCCUCCAAUGAUCAGAAUCUCAAAAUGGGUCUUUUCGACGAGUUCGGUCUCAGCAACCACAGCCAUGGCCUCCCACCCGCUGCCCAAACCUUACAAUCGAACAACAACGCCCACAACCCACCUCCGGCGACAUGGGUCGGCGGCGGCGGCGGUGGAGAAUCAAAUCAACAAGGUGUUAAUUUAAGAUCUGGCAAUGGAAAUAUCAACGGAAAACUGAUCCGGUACGCCGCCGGCGCUGCAUAUUCAACUGGAUUUCUCGGCGAUAAAGCGGCGGAGAAUUUAAGAGCUAGAAAUGAAGGUAUGGUGGAACCAUGGAUUUGUUCUUCUGAUUAG